UCGCCGCGCCCUCACCCGGUCCGUGCCGCCCGCCGAACUUCACCGCGCCUCUGCCGCCCGCCCGCCAGGCUCUCAGCCUCUCCACCUGUAAGAUGCUCUCCCUAGAUCCGCUGGGUCUCGAGUGGCCCUGCUCCCUGGGCUCCAAGGACCUGGAGGAAGAGGAGGGCCCAUGGGGAGGAGGCUCUGGCCCGCCGCCCCCGGGUUACUUCCCUGGCUCCUGGCGCCAGGACGUGGGCCUGGACUGCAAGGGCUGCCCCGAGGGGGCGGAGGCCCGGGCCUGGACUGUCUACUACUACAGCCUCCUGCAGAGCUGUCUGCAGCAAGCUGGCCUUCCGGAGACCCAGGACCGCAGCCAGGUGCCCCGCACAGGCUUCCCUGGGGCAGAGGUGACCUUGUGCAUUCUGGGAUCCCCCAGCACCUUUCUGUCUGUGCUGCUGGAGGCUGGGGUCCAGAGUCCGGGAAACAUGCUUCUUUGCCUGUCCCCCGCUUGGCUGACGAAGGUGCCAGCGCCGGGACAGCCAGGCGAGGCGGCCCUACUGGUCUCCAAGGCAGUGAGCUUCCACCCAGGGGGCCUGACGUUCCUGGAUGACUUUGUUCCCCCACGCCGCGCCACCUACUUCCUGGCGGGCCUGAGACCGGGGUCUGGCUGGGGUCGGGAGGCAGCUGAGCUUGCCCGUGACCUCACCUGCCCUACAGGAGCCACGGCCGAGUUGGCCCGGCUGCUGGAGGAUCGGCUGCUGACAAGGCAAUUGCUGGCCCAGCAGGGUGGCGUGGCUGUGCCAGCUACCCUGGCUUUCACCUACAAGCCACCGGCACUGCUGCAGGGAGGGGAAGCCAGCCCAGGACUGAGGCUGGUGGAGCUGAGUGGCAAAGAGGGCCAGGAGACACUGGUGAAGGAGGAAGUCGGGGCCUUUCUGCACUCUGAGGCCCUGGGUGAUGCCCUGCAGGUGGCCAUCAAGCUCAGCAGCUGGCGCUGGCGGGGGCGGCAGGCCUUGCGUCUGCGGCCACGAGCAGAGGUGGGCAUGGUGGCUGACACAGUGCUAGCAUUGCUGGAGAAACUGGAGGAGGAGGAGAGUGUCGUGGUGGAGGCUGUGUGCCUACCUGCCCGGAUGCCCUUCCCAGGCAGUCCUCCACCUGGCCCAGAGCUGGCUGUGCGGAUCUGUGCUGUGGUGUGUCGGACACAGGGCGACAGGCCCCUGUUGAGCAAGGUGGUGUGCGCCGUGGGCCGUGGGGACCGGCCUCUACGGCAUCAGAACUCUUUGCCGCGGACGCUGGAGGUGGCGCUGGCCCAGUGCGGACUGGGUGAGGCGGCGCAGGUGGCGGUCGUGCGCCGGAGCGUCAAGGCGGCGGCCGAGGCUGCGCUGGCCGCUGUGCUGGCCCUGGAGGCCGGUCUGAGCGCUGAGCAGCGCGGCGGGCGCCAGGCCUGCACUGACUUCCUCGGUGAGUACGGGUGGCCCGGGGACCGAGGCUGGGGGCCAGAGAGCGAGACCCGAAGGCGGCCCGCGCUGAGCCCGCGCCCCCCGCCCGGCCCAGGCGUGGACUUCGCACUGACGGUGGCGGGUGGCGCGCUGACUCCCGUGGCCUUGGAGCUGAACGGCGGCCUCUGCCUGGAAGCGUGCGGCGUGAUCGAGGGGCUCUGGGCCGCCCCGCGCGCGGGGCUGGCGGCCGAGGAGGCAGCGGCAGCCGCGCCGCUGGUGGAGACCAUGCUGCGGCGCUCGGCACGGUGCCUCAUGGAGGGGAAGCAGCUCCUGGUGGUCGGCGGGGGCGGCUUCAGCAAGAAGUUCGUGUGGGAGGCAGCUCGCGACUACGGGCUCAAGCUGCACCUGGUGGAGUCAGACCCCAACCACUUUGCAUCCCAGCUCGUGCAGACCUUCAUCCACUUUGAUGUGACAGAGCACCGGAAGGACGAGGAGAAUGCACGGUUGCUGGCAGAGCUGGUGCGGGCACGUGGUCUGCAGCUAGAUGGCUGCUUCUCCUACUGGGAUGACUGCCUGGUGCUCACAGCCUUGCUCUGCCAGGAGCUGGGUCUGCCCUGCAGUCCCCCGGCUGCCAUGCGCCUGGCCAAACAGAAGAGCCGCACUCAGCUGCACCUGUUGUGCCGCCAAGGCCCACCCUGGCCCUCGCCCUCCCUCCAUGCUGUGCCUUGUUGCUCACUGGAGAGUGAGGCUGAUGUGGAAAGGGCUGUACGCCAGGUGCCUCUGCCAGGCGUCAUGAAGCUGGAGUUUGGGGCGGGCGCGGUGGGCGUGCGGCUGGUGGAGGAUGCACCACAGUGCCACGAGCAUUUUUCUCGGAUCGUCCGAGAUCUGCAAGGUGAGGCCGAUCACCCUGGCAUUGGGCUGGGCUGGGGCAAUGCCAUGCUGCUGAUGGAGUUCGUUGAAGGCACCGAACACGAUGUGGACCUGGUGGUGUUUGGUGGUCAACUGCUGGCUGCCUUUGUCUCUGACAAUGGCCCCACCCGGCUGCCUGGCUUCACUGAGACGGCAGCCUGCAUGCCCACCGGGCUGGCACCGGAGCAGGAGGCGCAGCUGGUGCAGGCAGCCUUCCGCUGUUGCCUGGGCUGCGGGCUGCUGGAUGGAGUCUUCAAUGUGGAGCUCAAGCUGACCAGGGCUGGGCCACGGCUCAUCGAGAUCAAUCCCCGCAUGGGUGGCUUCUACCUUCGAGACUGGAUCCUCGAGCUCUACGGUGUGGACCUGCUGCUGGCUGCUGCUAUGGUAGCCUGCAGGCUUCGGCCCGCCUUGCCUGCCCACGCACGGGCCCGUGGCCACUUGGUGGGGGUCAUGUGCCUGGUGUCCCAGCACCUGCAGGUGCUGAGUUCCACAGCCAGUCAAGAGGCUCUGCAGGCUCUUCAUGACGGCGGCCUGCUGCGCUUCAACGUAUUUCUAUCUUUAGAGGAGGCCCUGGUGCCUAGUGAGUACGAGGAGCCCUACUGCAAUGUGGCCUGCGCUGGGUCCAGCCCGGCCGAGGCCCGCCUGCGCCUGCUGGGCCUCUGCCAGGGCCUGGGCAUCGACGGGCCCCACUACCCCGUUGCCCACUUCCUGUCCCACUUCAAAUAGCACUGGAGCUAGGAGAAAGGGGUAGAGUGCUGGAGGUGGGGACUGUGGUGCCUUCUGCCACCUGACGCUCUCUCUGCCUCUUCCCAUGGCCCUGCCUCAAUCCUGGCCCAGCCCACCCCACUCCAAGGCCUCAGGUCUGUUCCAGAGUGGCAGAGCCAUUUUGACACCAAGACUCCCCUGGGCUCAAGGGCCAUAAAAGUAUCUCCUGCCCUCCCAAAGUCCCCAGUCCAGCCCACAGCUGCCCCAGGACUCUAGCCAUGGAGAAUUGACGACAGCCUCACAUACCACCCACGUAUCUCCCCACCCCACCCCCAGGGAGGCAGGAGUGGACCCAAAUCCGGUCCGCCCUCCACACCUCUCCAAGUGUCUCCGCCAUCUACAGGAGGAGAGAACCUGGCAGGCCCCUGGCCUUUGACAAAUCCCAAGACAACCUGAGACUAAAUCUGAUGUCCUCUUAACUCUCGUCCCCUCAUUUAACAUAUUUCAGGAUGGUUCUAGAGCCUGCUGACAACUUUCGGCAGCACGCCUCCUGCCUCGUUUGGCCUGAGCAGUAGAAACAGGUGACCUGGGAUCAGCAGUAAUCGUCUCCCCUCUAGGUAGACAUGAUCGCCCCAUUCUACAGAUGAGGAAACAGGCUCAAAGAGGACAAAACCAUUGCCCCAAGUUCAUAUCACGGUGGAUGGAAGGUUGAGGAACAAGACGUAGGGUCCGAGUUUCUGCUUUUACUAAGUCUUACAUGCCCACUCAGCUUCUAGGCCCUGCUCACCUCCCCACACUCAUUCAUACGUGGUCCUGAGAUGUGUGAACACGCCCCUCCCAUGCACCACGUAUCUCCACCAAGCUUUGGUGCUUUGGCCUUUGGCACACCUAACCAGCACCAGCAGAGGAGAGUCUGCACGCCCUUCCUAAGUCAGGGGAGGCUGCUUUAAGAAUUCGUCCCUCUGUGCAGCACAGGAGCUGUGGACAGCUCCAUAAGCGUCCCUCUUCAAAUAAAGGCUUAAGGUCUAUGGAAA